UCCAGGGCCAGCGUCCUGCUGAAGCAUCAGAUGCUUCACGGAGCACGUAUAAAGAUGCUUUUCCCCGUGCUCUCUCCCUCGCUCUCCCAGUUCUGACUGAAUUCUCAGCGGCCAGCACCGUUUGGGGGAGGAGCACUAAAGCUCUCCGUCAAUCGGACCCAACAUAAAUGCGGAAGCAUGCAACAGCCCACCUGACCCAGGCUGCUCCGGAGUUCAGUCAGGGAAGUGCGUCGGCGCCGGUCCACUUGUUCGCCCGUGUGCCCUGGCUAUGCCUGCCGAGCACCUGCACCAGAGUGGCGAGAUGGCGCAGCCGCCGGACGACACUCCGGUCAUCACCCCGGCCAUGCUGGAAGAGGAAAAGCAGCUGGAAGCUGUCGGUCUGGAGAGAGAGCGGAAAAUGCUGGAGAAGGCUCGCAUAUCUUGGGAUAGAGAUUCUAAUGAAAUUCGCUACAAGAGACUUCAACAUUUGCUUGAAAAAAGCAAUAUAUAUUCCAAAUUUUUGUUGACCAAAAUGGAACAGCAGCAAAUGGAGGAACAGAAGAGGAAAGAAAAAUUGGAACGAAAGAAGGAAGCUUUAAAAGUUUCAAAGGGGAAAAAAUCAGCUGAUACAAGUGAAGAAAAACCAGUUACGAAAAAGAAAAGAGGAAGAGAAGAAGAAUAUAAUAUUUCAGAAGUCAUGUCAAAAGAGGAAAUUUUGUCAGUGGCUAAAAAGAAGAAAGAAGACAGUUGGGAUGAAAGCUCUUCUUCUAUACAGCUUUCUGUAGAAGAUCUUCAAAAAAGUAGUGAUACAAAUAGUGUGAUUAAAGAUAGAUUAUCACAAGUUGUUCGGCAUAAUGCUAAAUACUUUCUAGACCCAGUAAGGAAAUGUAAUGGCCAGUCAGUACCCUUUCAACAACCAAAGCACUUCACAGGAGGAGUAAUGCGGUGGUACCAAGUAGAAGGCAUGGAGUGGCUUAGGAUGCUUUGGGAAAAUGGUAUUAAUGGCAUUUUAGCAGAUGAAAUGGGAUUAGGAAAGACUGUUCAGUGCAUUGCCACAAUUGCAUUAAUGGUUGAGAGAGGAGUCCCUGGACCAUUCCUUGUGUGUGGUCCUUUGUCAACACUUCCUAACUGGAUGGCUGAAUUCAAAAGAUUUACACCACAGAUUCCUAUUAUGUUGUAUCAUGGAGAUCAACAAGAACGUCGAAAAUUGGCACAAAAGAUUCAUAAACGUGAAGGGACAUUGCAGAUACAUCCUGUGGUAAUUACAUCUUUUGAAAUAGCGAUGAGAGACAGAAAUGCUCUACAGCAUUGCUACUGGAAAUACUUAAUAGUAGAUGAAGGACACAGAAUUAAGAACAUGAAUUGUCGUCUGAUCAGGGAAUUAAAACGAUUCAAUGCUGACAACAAACUUCUGUUGACUGGUACACCCUUGCAGAACAAUUUAGCAGAGCUCUGGUCAUUGCUAAACUUUUUGUUGCCAGAUGUUUUUGAUGACUUGAAAAGCUUUGAGUCCUGGUUUGACAUAAAUAGUCUUACAGAAAUUACUGAGGACAUCGUUGCUAAAGAAAGGGAACAGAAUGUUUUACAUAUGCUUCACCAGAUUCUAACGCCUUUCUUACUAAGAAGAUUAAAAUCUGAUGUUGCACUUGAGGUUCCUCCUAAACGAGAAGUAGUAGUAUAUGCACCUCUUUCAAAGAAACAAGAAACCUUCUAUACAGCAAUUGUGAACCGUACAAUUUCAAAAAUGUUUGGAUGCAGUAAGAAAGAAACUAUUGAGCUGAGUCCCACAGGAAGACCAAAGCGCCGAAGCAGAAAAUUGGUUAAUUAUAGUACAUUUGAUGGUGAUAAUGUGCCUGAUGAGUUAGAAAAAUUGAUCAGUCAAAUGCAACCAGAGAUGGAAUCACAAAGACCUGUGGUAGAAAUGACUAUUCCUAUAGAAUCAGAAGUUAACCUAAAGCUACAAAACAUAAUGAUGCUUCUUCGAAAAUGUUGUAACCACCCAUACCUCAUUGAAUACCCUCUAGAUCCUGUCACACAAGAAUUUCAAAUAAAUGAAGAAUUGGUGACAAGUUCAGGGAAAUUCUUAAUUCUGGAUCGGAUGCUUCCAGAGCUCAAAAACAGAGGUCAUAAGGUGCUGGUUUUUUCACAAAUGACAAUGAUGUUGGACAUUUUGAUGGAUUACUGUUAUCUUAGAAAUUACAGCUUUAGCCGAUUGGAUGGAUCCAUGUCUUACGUAGAAAGAGAAGAGAAUAUGCACAAGUUCAACACAGAUCCUGAAGUAUUCCUAUUUUUAGUUAGUACCCGAGCUGGUGGUCUAGGUAUUAAUUUGACUGCAGCAGACACAGUUAUCAUUUAUGAUAGUGAUUGGAAUCCUCAGUCUGAUCUUCAGGCCCAAGAUAGGUGUCACAGAAUUGGUCAAACAAAACCAGUUGUUGUAUAUCGUCUUGUGACAGCAAAUACUGUUGACCAGAAAAUUGUGGAGAGAGCAGCUGCCAAGAGAAGGCUGGAAAAACUCAUCAUCCACAAAAAUCAUUUCAAAGGUGGUAAAUCUGGAUUAAGUCAAUCUAAGACCACCUUGGAUCCUCAGGAAUUGAUGGAAUUACUGAAAUCUAGAGACUAUGAAAGGGAAGUAAAAGGAUCAAGGGAGAAGGUUAUCAGUGAUAAAGAUUUAGAAUUGUUGCUGGAUCGGAGUGACCUAAUUGAUCAAAUGAAUGCCUCUGUGCCAGUUAAAGAGAAGGUGGGAAUUUUCAAGGUUUUAGAAAAUUCUGAAGAAUCAGAUGCUGAUUGUAUGUUUUGAAUUGGGAUGUGAAGAAUGGCCUCAAAGCAGGUCCUUAUAAAAGUGAUUACCUGUUGGUUUUGAAAUCCUGUUAAUAUGUCCACUUUUUAGUUUUCAGUUACUUGUAACAGACUACAUUAUGUAACAGGUGCAAUUCCAUAUUUAAUAGAUGGUAGCUUUCUGAGCUUUAAUAAGAACAAAAGGAAAAAAACAUGUUAGAUUCAGGUUUUCAGGUUGAAUUCUAGUAGUGUUCUUGAUAAAAGCCAUUCAUUGUAUACUUAAACACUGCCAGAUUUAUACAGUCUUCCUGUGGAAGUUUUUGCAUAUCUUUCUGCAUUCCCCCUUUUAUGUCCCCCAGGGAUACAGUUUACAGAUAAUUUUGCUUCACUUAUGGAGUGGGGAUAGUAUGGGAAGAUGGGGGAGAUUGGGAAUAUGAUUUAUUUUGUUUUGUAAGAAAAUUUGUAUAAUUUUAGUGUCCAUUGCUACAUGUUUUGCCAAAUAAAUGUUUGUUACGUAAGAUAA